CGCUUCUGAAGAAGACGUUCCAGGAGAAGUACGGCGAGGAUUUGGUGAAGAUCUUGAAGGGUGAGUUGGGUGGUGAUCUGAGGAAGGUGAUCAUGGCCGCCUUGAAGGGAGACUUGCCAAGCUUCAACCCUGCUAUCUACACGAGUGCGAAGGCUGCUGCGGACGCGGAUGCGCUGUACAAGGCUGGUGAAGGAAAAUGGGGCACGGACGAAGAAACUUUCAUUGGGAUCAUCAUCUCGAGCCCUGUUGAGCACCUGCGCAAUAUUGACGCCGCGUACUCGAAGAAGUACAAGAAGACGAACAUCAUCAAGGCCAUUAAGGGCGAAUUCAAGGGUGCCGCUCAGGCGGCACUUCUCUUCCAUGUCCGGAUGGUGUUCGAGCCGUUCGAACUCUUGGCGGAUCUCUUUGAGAGCACGAUGAAGGGCCUUGGGACGGACGAGUACGGACUCAGUGCGGCUGUGGUGCGCUACCACGCGAUGCUGCCCCAGAUCAAGUCUGCGUACAAGAAGAUGUACGGGAAGGAGCUGAGCAAACGCAUCCGUGGAGACACCAGUGGCGAAUAUCGCGACCUGCUACUGGCAAUCGUGGACAGUCAGUAAAGUGUUGUGCAGCCUGUGACUUCCGACAUGCAUGCUUGUGUAUAUAUGAAUGCUAAAGCUUGAAUACAUUUGCGUUGAAAGUAGUUUGGGCGGGUAUUACCAGUAGUUUGUAUGUUCCUCGCAGUAGCACAAACCACGCGUUGGAACAAUUCUCAUAUCGCAGUAUACCUACCGCACAGACUUUACUAAGACUGAAUGAAAACGGGAGCACCGAGAAGCGUGAACGCGCAGCAGU